AUGUUAUGGAUAUUGUUUUGGCCAAGUGAAAAAUUACUUCCUUCUUCAGUUCUUGCUACUAUAUUAGACACCAUAGUCAUGCCAAAACUGUCAAGUGCAGUUGGUACUUGGGAACCACAUCAAGAGACCAUUCCUAUCCACACAUGGGUGCAUCCAUGGCUACCUAUGCUAGGGCACAAAUUGGAGGGUAUCUACCAGACGAUUCGUUUCAAAUUGAGUACUGUUCUUGAUGCGUGGCAUCCAAGUGAUGGUUCUGCAUAUGCCAUAUUGUCCCCUUGGAAGCCUGUAUUUGAUUCUGAUAGUUGGCAACAACUUAUGCACCGUUUUAUUGUACCAAAGCUGAAGGCUGUAUUUGUAUCUGAUGACUUUCAAGUGAACCCAGCAAGUCAGAAACUUGAUCAGUUUUAUUGGGUAAUGAACUGGGCUUCAGUUAUCCCAGAUCAUCUGAUGGUUGACACGAUGGAUAUCUUCUUUACCAAGUGGCUUACAGUUUUGUAUUGUUGGUUGUGCUCAAAUCCUAACUUUAAUGAAGUUUUGAAAUGGUUUUUGGGCUGGAAAGAACUUAUUCCAAAAGAACUUUUGGCAAAUGAACUUAUUCGAUACAAGCUCAAUUGUGGUCUUGUUAUGAUGAACCAGGCUGCUGAAGGCAUGGAAGUUGUCCAACCUGGUUUGAAGGAGAAGAUAAGCUAUUAUAUCAGGGUAAGUGAGCAGAGGAAAUUUGAGACUCAUCAGAAAGCAGCAGCCUAUAUCAGUGCAGAUGGUGCGAAUGAAAUGAGCGUGAAAGAAAUCAUUGAAGCCUAUGCUCGGGAUCAUGGUUUACUGUUCAAACUUAAACCUGGUAGAAUGCAUAAUGGCCAUCAAAUAUAUGGGUUUGGCAAUGUCAGCAUAAUAAUUGAUUCUCUAAAUCAAAAGGUCUAUGCCCAAAAUGAGGACAGAUGGUCUUUAGAAACUCUUGGGCGAUUGCUAGAGUUACAUAAUCGAUCUCUUAGUAAAAGACGCUGAAUUCUGUGUUGCUUAUGUGAAGUAACAUCUCUAUUUCUUUAGAGUUUUUGUAUGAGUUAUUUUCUCUUGAUUUGUUGGCUAAGGAAGGAUAUUGUAGUUUUCGUAUGUUUUGUCUCAAUAUCCAAAACAUUGUGAAAUUAUAUUCAGAUAAUACACUCCAUAUAUGAGCUUAUAGUA